ACUUUUUGGCCUAUUAUGCUGAGCUAUACUAUACUAACCUUUUCCGCCUUACAUAUUUGUGAACCACAAAUUCACUUUCGAUAUUCCUCGGAAUAGAAACCUACACAUUAGAUUUUAUCAUGCUUCAAAUGGCCCGCUUAUAAUGGAAAAGCGUAACUUUCCGCUCUGAAUAUUUUCAUUUAGCAGCAAUAAUAACAAUAACCACAAUAAAAACAUCAAGCAACAACAAACCACAUUAGGUGCUGUGGCAGAAGCAAAGUUCACAGUGUAAAUGCGAAGUUUAUGUGAUAAUUGUGAGCAAGUUUGUUGCCAAGUAAAUUGCACCUCGAAGCUCAUGGCACAGCAAGAUAAUACAAACUUUACUAAAAGUGGGUUAGAAAAUUUAAAAACUCAAAACUUCGGCCCAACUAAUCAGCUCACUUAGAAAAAAAAUUACUUCGCAAUUUGUAUUCGUCUGGAGUCCAGCGAAGCGUUAACAAAAUGAUUACGAAAAUGUCACAACGAUGCACGUGUAUAUAUAGUAAUAGCCAUUUCGACAACGAAUCAAUUGGUUUCGCAUAUGUCGCAACCAUCAACAGAAAACUGUUCCACUUUGGGCCACCUGCAAAAUGGAAACUCUCGUCAAUAUUUGCACUUUCUUCUGAGUUACAUUUCAAGAAGAGAGAAGAGGCCGAGAGGCUGGGAAACUUGUCUAUUUACGCAUAUUUAUGUCUAUAUGUUGCCCAUGUACAAACAAGAAGCCAUCAGCUUCGACAUCAUCCUCAGCAUCACCCCAGCAUCAUCAUCAUCAUCUUCUGUAGGCAGUCUGUCAAUAGACUGGCAAACGUCAAUUUCAGCUGGGUCAGAAGAAAUUGAAAAUAGACAGUCGACAGGUGGAGAGGGGAAAAAUUCGGGCGGGGAGAACUAAAAAGAAAUUAGAAAAUACGAGUACUCCAAGGAAAUAUACAAAUUUCAUAGAAUUGGGUAAGAACUGAAGCCACAAAACCAAUUCGAACCAAUGGCGUUUCAGACUGAAAAGAAAUGUUCAACAAAAUUAUUUUUUAUGUUAUGUAUUUUAACACAUUUUCACUCGUAAGAUUUGAUGAAUUCCUGGCUAUUUUAUUAUUGCACUUUUGUGCAACCAACGUGAAAUCUUUGUUUGUAAUAGAACUAACUUUUGAUGAAACUUCUUCGUCUUCUGUUUAACAAUCUAAACUCAUAAAGUCAUUUGUUAGUCAGCCGUAUAAAACAAUUUGUAAUUCUAUGAAAAUAGAAAUGUAAAUGAAUCAAUUUAUUGUAAUGUAAUUUCAAACCCGAUCUCAACUACUCGAUACUUAAAGUUCUGGGGGAACUUCCCAAGGAAAUAACCGAAGUUUCAGAGUCAAACAAUUGUCGUUGUUGUAUCUGGAUAAAUAAGCUCGAAAUUUCACAAUCAUAUUGUUCGUAUAUGUUUAGGUGCCGAACAGUUGUCGGCUUGUUUAGUUUUCAAGCUCGAAACUCCCCACUUGGGUCUCAAGUUACUUAUUUACCUUCCUUCUCAUUUAUUGUAUAAACACAGACAUUCGUCUCUUUAAAACUCUGCUCAAGCUGAUUAGAGCUUCAUACAGGUGUUAUAUACAUAUACAGAAAGGUAGAAAGCCCAGCGGAUGGGAGUGGCCUGGUGCUAAGUUGCGACACUUGUGCAUAUUUUCACACAGGGAAAAAUUCCGAAGAGAUUUAAAUGUACUGGCAAAGUAUAAGGCUUAACUUCCCAUAUUUUAGGAAAAAACGAAAAUUUUUCAAUGUUUUUAGGAAGCGCAUUAAGUCUCCCAAUAUAUUAUAGUGAUAUUUUCCAUUGUAAUACCACACAAAUUGCUAAAUGAACGGCAAUAAAAAUUGUUUAAGCGAAAGUUGGAUGGGUUACAAUUUUUUUGUUUAUUUGCUUUGGAUUUUUCAAUGAUUUUAAUAUCGCUUACGGGGCUUCUUAACGGACAUUAAAUGCAAAAUCAAACAACUGCGCAAUGUGAUCGCCAUAAUAAUCGUAACAAUAAAAACAAAUAUGGUCCAUCUGUAUGGACAACCCGUACGGGCGGGUCAUGUCCGUCCCAUUAGCGCUCGGUGCGUUGAUGGGGAUGUGCAACAAAUUGAAUGUAAAUAACACAGAACGACAGUAAAAAAUACUACGUUAUUGCAAAAGGCAAACUGCACUCGCCGGACAAUAUGGCAAAUUAAUUAGUUAUACAAAAAUGGUAGACCAUAAAGAGCUGUGCUAAAAAAGAGUGAAACGCGUGUGUGUGAGGCAAAUAAAAUUCAAAUUAUGCACAAGUGAAUAAUUGUGGCAUUUUAAUGGCAGUCCUAGCUAAAAUAAAUACAAAUAAAAUAUUGCCUAUCGUUUUUAAUUUAGCCCAGGAGGCCCAUAAAAAAGCAAAGCAAAGUUUUAGCUAGACAAAAGUUUUUAAGCCCUUCGACCCCAUUUUUUUCGUGUGUGCGGUGGCGCCAUCUAGCGGUUAAUAAAUAACAUGAAAAACCCAAAUAUCAUGGAAUGUAGCAGUUCCCUAAACAACAACAACAACAACAGCAGCAAUGGCGGCAAUAUCAACGGAAACGGAAGUGGAAAUGGUAGCGUUAGCGAACAGCGCCUCCUAUCGGCCAAAGCCCAUGCAGCAUCUCCACCGCCCGUUUGCGUCAACAACAGUAACAACUUGAUCGUCCGCUACAACAAAAUGAGCCCGGGCAGCUCCUCCGUGGACUCAUCGCCGCCGCAUCAUCAGCAGCACUCGCCCCCACCGAUGCACCAUUCAAGCCACCCCAACCACCCCCUCCACGCGUCAGCCAUGUCCACAAACAUGGCCACAAAUGGCCAUCAGUUGUAUCCGGCGAUAACGGCAACGUAUUGGCUGCCGCCACCGAAUCCGGCGCCAUAUUUAGUUCCAGAGCGUAAACUUUUCGUCGGCAUGCUGAACAAAAAGUACACGGAGGCCGAUGUGAGGCAGCUCUUCACGGGCCACGGAACCAUCGAGGAGUGCACGGUGCUCCGGGAUCAGGCCGGCCAGAGCAAGGGCUGCGCCUUCGUCACAUUCGCCACUAAACAGAACGCCAUCGGAGCUAUCAAGUCCCUCCACCAAAGUCAGACCAUGGAGGGCUGUUCGGCUCCGCUGGUCGUGAAAUUCGCGGACACGCAAAAGGAAAAAGACCAAAAGAAGAUGCAGCAGAUUCACGCCUUCUGCGGCAUCAACACGCCGAGCGGUGCGUCUGCAGGCUCAGCCACACCCACCAUAAAUGCGGCCACGGCGCUGAUAGCCGCCCCGCCCUCGGCGGGACGCUCCAAUCCAUCGAUGACGGCCGCUCUGGCGGCAGUGCCGCAGGUCCAGCAAGCUGGCGCCGCAGCAGCUGCCCAAACGACCCUCGUUCCGAUGAACUCCUCGACCGCUCUCAGUGCGUCCUUGACGCCCAAUCUGCUGGCCAGCAACGCCCACCAGGGGGCGGCAGCAGCGGCGGCGGCGGCCGCCUAUUUGGGGGCGGAUCCAACCACGGCGGCCCACCUGCAGCUCUACCAGCAACUUCACGGAUACGGACUGAGUCCGGCGCACUAUCUGCCAGGACUAAAUUUCCACCACCCACCGGAAAACAGUGCCCACCACAGCCAGCACGGUCCCACCGCCGCAUCAGCAGCAUCUCUAUCGGCUGCAGCAGUCGUCGCUGCCGCAGCAGCAUCUCACCCACUUGGCAACGGCGGCGCACCACCACCCACACCACCCACAAGCGGUGGCAGCGGCGGCGGCAGCGGCGGCAGCGGCGGGAUCCCUGCCACCGGGCAUGCUGCUGGCGCUGGACUGCUCGCCGCUCCAUCCAUGUCUAUGCAGAAUCUGGUAACCCUGCUAGCCACGCCCUCCGCCCACCACCAGCUGACCCUCGCCAACGCCACCGCCCAUCACCACAGCAGCAGCAGCCCCAACAACAACAGCCAGAGCAACCUUCACCACCAACGACUGGCCUACGCCGCACCACCCCCCACGGCGACCGCCUACAGCAUGGGUCAGCUAAUGGGGCACACGGCCACGCCCACUCAGCAGGGGGGCGGCGGCCAAACGCUGACCUUAAAUGCGCUGUGGCAUCCCAAUGCAGCAGACCCCUAUGCAUCCUCACUAAGUGGACUGACAAAUGGCACACCCUUCGGAGCCGCAUCCCAACCUCUGACUGCCAGCGCCCUUCAAGCUGCAGCUGCGGGCGUGGCUGGCAAACAGAUCGAGGGUCCCGAUGGCAGCAAUUUAUUCAUUUACCACUUACCUCAGGAGUUCAUUGACACGGAUCUCGCGUCGACGUUUCUGCCCUUCGGCAAUGUCCUGUCGGCCAAGGUGUUCAUCGAUAAGCAGACCAACCUGUCGAAGUGCUUCGGUUUUGUGUCCUACGACAAUCCACAUUCGGCCAACGCGGCCAUUCAGGCGAUGCAUGGCUUUCAAAUCGGCACCAAGCGGCUGAAGGUCCAAUUAAAACGUUCCAGGGAUGCGGCCAAGCCGUACUAGGCAGCUUUAUGGGCUGACAUGGCUUAAAUGGGCGUGGCCAAGGCACCCAGCACACCAGAAAAUUCACAAACAAUGGAUGAAACUAGUUUAUACAAUUGUGCCUUUUAAGAAACGUUCUGAAACCAAAGGACCAAUUACAAAAAUAUAUCUAUUAAGUUAACACAAAACUAAAGAUAAAUAGAAUGCUUACAAAUAAUGUUCUCGAGUGCACAAAAACGAACCGCAAAAAUCAACCCUACCAAAGAAGUAGCUUAAAAGUUGCAUCCUUCUUGUAAUCACACUUGCUGAAUACCAUCAACCAUUUUCAUAAAAUCUAUCUAACUAUUCAACGUGGUCGGCAAACAAAUCCUACAAAUAAAAUAAAACAAAACCAAUAUAAAAUACAGAAAUUUUAAGCUGCGAUGUGGCGCCAAAGUAUUUUUCAAAGCCAAAUAGUUAAGCAAAGAAAAGGGAAAAACAAACAUCAACACAGAAGAGAAAAUUUAAUUUUUGGCAAUAAUAAAAGGAUAAAAUUUAGAUAAUUAAAGUUUAGUUAAAAGUUAAGGGAAUAAAUCUACCUAUAAAUAAAUUGUAGUAGUGAGCAAACAUUCGAAAUUACGUUCGUAGUGAGAAACAUUCAAAGGGAUAGCUAAAAAUAUUAAAAAUACAAGUAUACAUUUAAAAAAAUGUUUAAAAACUUUUUGAAAAGCUGAAACCGAUUAACUAAUUGCUCUAGCUAAAAGGCAAUGAAGCUGAUAACUUAAUAAUUGUCAGGCAAAUUAUCACUUCUGGUUUUGAUUCCUUAUCCUUACUUCAAAACUAUUUUAUAUUCACUAAUAGUUUUAAACUAUAAACUUAACGCAAAAGUAAAUUUUGUCAAAUUUGUACUUAAAAUGCACUUGAUGUUAGAGGGCAAAAUUUAAUUUAAAAAAAGUCAGACAAUUUAAAAUGUAAUCAAUUUAGCCUGUAUUUUAAUUUAACAUUUUACUGGAAGGUGUAAAAAUGAACCCAAUCGAGUGGUUUCAAAGAUAUACAAAUAAACUAUGAAAAAUUUAAAAAUA